GCCAGACAAUAAGCAUUGAAUGAAAGUAUUCAAUCAGAACAGAAGAAGUGCAUUGAAGGAAAGAAAGAAUAAGACUUUUUGAAGUGUUAAACUCUAUUAGCAAAGAAAUUAGAGAAGAAUGAAGCAUUAUUUUAGUUCAAGAUGAUAUAUUGGAGAGAAACAUCAGUCUAAUGUUUCAAGGCAUAAGAAUAAAAAGGUGCAGGAACUGAACAAUGCAAGGCUGAUUCUAAGAAAUUGUUGGAGACUAUCUUUGAUUCCUUUAAAAUAUGAAUAUAUAUAUAAGCGAGUUUAACAAAUUUAGACUGAUGGUUUUUUUA